GAUAGGACGGCAGAGCAAUCAGCGCUAGCGCCACUUCGGCAGUGCCAUCUCGACAGCGACGGCGAGCGACUUUUUUUUCUUUUCGUAUUUGGAAUCUUUGAAGUUGUUUGUGAUAGUGAUAGGAUCAACAAAAACUCAAAGAACAAAAUGCAUAAUUUUAAAAACAAGGUAGUGUUGAUCACUGGCGGGGCCUCCGGCGUCGGUUCAGGAGUUGUAAGGCAACUGAUGGAUGAAGAAGUGAAGCAUGUAGCCAUCCUCGACAUAGCCAAAGAAGCAGGUGAAGUUUUCCAAGGCGAAUUGAACGCGAAGUACGGACCCGACAAAGUUACGUUCCAUUUCUGUGACGUCACUGAUGAAGAAGUAUUCCUGGGGAUCAUGGCCGAGGUCAAGAACAAGCAUGGCCACGUCGACUUGCUUAUCAACAAUGCUGCUAUCAUGAAUGACAGCUGGCAGACGUAUAAGAAGGAAAUAUCUCUCAAUGUGAUGGCCCUAGUAACCAAUUCUCUUAGAGCCCUAGAAAUGAUGCGCCUCGAUGAGGGGGGUAAUGGCGGCACAAUCAUCAACAUCUCGUCUGUGGUCGCUUUGUGCCAGCAGCCAACGCUGCCCGUCUACUGGGCUACCAAAAGCGCGGUCCUGCAAUUCAGCAACUGCCUUGGAAUGGAGGAGCAUUAUAGCAGGUCAGGCGUACGGGUCAUUACUGUAUGUCUAGGCGUUACCGAUACGGGGCUACUCAAGCCGCAGAAGACAGGCCGCUUUGACAAAUACUUCGACGCGCAAUAUGAGGAGUUAUUUCCCGUUAUGAAAUUACAGAAAAUGGAAUCAGCAGCCAAAGGAAUUAUAGAAGCCUACAAACACGGAGUGAGCGGCAGUACCUGGUUAGCCACACGAGACGAGCCCGUCAAAGAUAUCACCGCAGAUAUUAGGAAGGCGUAUGACAUACUUGCUGUACAUGCAGCACACGAGAUAUUAUAAUUUAUUACUAAGUAUAUCCUAGAGGCCAGAAUUAGAUUUAUGAGGGAAUAGUUCGACCCGUGCCGCUAUGAUCCGAAUAGCAGACCAGUUUUAGGCAUCUGCAUCUGCAGCAAUAGCUUAUUUUCGAUUUUGUAUUCAGAUACCAAGCAGCCUGUAUACGACAUUUUUGUAGAUUUUUUUCAAUCUUAUUGCAUUAAAAUGUUUUGUGUUUGUGAUUCUUUGUUAUUUUGCUGGAUAUGACGUAAAAUAUACGUUAGAGAUACGAGAUCACACAUUAGGUAGGCAUUUGAUAAAUAAGUAAUAAGUAGGUAUAUUAUGAAUAUUAUGAUGGUAAUCUUGAUGAUGUGCAAAAAUAUAAGCAAGUAAACAGGCAACCUAUUUUGCUUGAGGGAAAAGCAAUUUUUUUUGUACAUACUUACACGAAAUUCAUGAUUAAGUAUUAUGCUUCUACUUUGAAACGUUUAUAAAUUACGAAAUAUUAAUCUUCAAAUUUGAUCAAGAAUACGCUGUUAAAAUUAUUCGGUUUACUCAUGUUACAGCGUGGCCUUUAAGAUUUGAAAAGUUCCCUUGAUUUCUCCAGGAUACCAUCAUAAGACCUGAGUUGUGAUAAAAAUGGAACCACAACCUAUAUCCAUAUGCCGGGAAUUUUAUUUACGUAUCAUACCGGAACCUUGUAUCAUACCAAGGACCUUCAACCAUGGUUGAUGAGAGCUUUCAAUGAAAUACGUAUUUUGCAUAUUUAUUCAUAUCACAGAGUUCACUGUACAAAACUGUCAUAUUGUCAUAUAAUUAAUUACACAUCAUAAAAUACUGUUA